GCGAGGGCGCACACGGACAGCCGACAGCCUCUGCGACAGCCGCUGUGACAGCGCGGGCUCCCAGCUCCCGGCCAGAAGGAACCCGGACAUGACCAGAAAGAUCUUCACAAAUACCAGGGAGCGCUGGAGGCAGCAGAGUGUCAACAGCGCCUUUGCCAGGCUGAGGAAGCUCAUCCCCACUCACCCUCCAGACAAGAAGCUGAGCAAAAAUGAAACGCUUCGCCUGGCAAUGAGGUAUAUCAACUUCUUGGUCAAGGUCUUGGGAGAGCAGAGCCUACAGCAAACAGGAGUCGCUGCUCAGGGGAACAUCCUGGGGCUCUUUCCCCAAGGGCCCCACCUGCCAGAUGUGGGUGGAAGAACUCUGCUCAGUGACUGUGGAGUUUCUUCCCCCGGCCCAAGCCACGAGGCUCCCUAAGGUGACUGAGGCGGUCAGCCCCCAGGACAGCACUAGCUGAAGAGUCCUGUGGUUUCAUGCUGUAGACGGGCAUGACGCAGGAAGUGAUUGGCACAGAAGCUGAGAGCAGCAAGGAGACUUGAGCAAUGUUGCUCUGGCCUCAUCACCCCAGAACUUCAGGCAGAGUGGCUCGCUGCUGCCUGUUCUGUAAGUUUGCAGGAGUCCAUUGCAAAAAAACAAAAACAAAACAAAACAAAACAAAAACCAAGCAUACAUUUAAAACUGCUGUCUCACGGCUUCAAUAAUGAGGAUUUCCUUAUGCUGGCUCUCAGACGGAUGAGCAAAGCUGGUGUCCUCUGAAACUAUUUAAAAGUUUGCUUUAAAAGGGGGACAUGUUUGACUGAGGGUAAAUACAAGACAUCUUAAACGUAUGAAUGAAAAGAUAGCCGCUGUGCAAACCAGCCUGGCAGAGGUGUGGGGCGGAUGUCCCUUUGGAGCAGAGCUGGGAGGAUUAUGUAUGUGGGGAGGUUCCAUGUCCUUAGGCCUCUGCAGAAUCAUGCUAUUCUACUUCAGUUGAGCCUCUGGAACCAAACAGUGGAUUUCAUUCACUCCAGGAAAAACCUUGAUGAUUUAGGAGCUAGACUUCACAGUUUCCUUAUAAAAGUUAGCUAAAAUGAGUGAGCAAACUACUAGGUUUGACACACUGGACACUAAAACUUUUAGUUCAGCCCACAUUCCUGCUGGCUUAGGUCCUGUACAAUUCGAUAAUUAUGCAAACCCAAACGCUGCCAUUUUAUAUUUUGCUGAGAGCAAACAGAAGGAAUAAAGGACCAGAUAGAUGCUAGUGAACCAGUGCAUUUAAUCUCACCUCCCUGCCUCCCGGGGGGCAUCCGCCGAGUGGUGAGGGGCAGGGCAACACCCAGUAAAUCAGCGGAGCCGUGUGGAUGCUCCGUUACCACUGCACACCGUUCUGGCGCUCACGGACCUGGAUUCUUGUGAAUCCCAGGUGGGCAAUCUGUGGGUUGGGGUUACGAACUCCCGGUGUCUACACAAUACAGGAAUUUAGACGUCUUGUCUCUCCAGAAGGUCUUUAUGUAUAAGUAACUACAUGAUUAAAGUCGCUUUAGCCGGUGCACCUGCAGCACAAUGGGCCGCCCUGUAGGUCCUCUGGCUGGCCUGCACAUCGAAUCAGUGUGGAGACAGCGAGCCGCAGAGGCUGGUGCAACCCUUCCUUCCGCCCUGGAUGUGUGCGUCAUUGUCGCCGCCGCCUUGGGGAAGAGUUGAGCCUAUCUCCAAAUUACCAGGCAGUGGGAUGUUUCGAAGUUCUUAUGGUAGUUGCCUGUUAGGUAACACCGCCCUCUCAUCUGGCGUUAAAGAAAGCACGUUGGACAGGGGCUUUGUUUUUACUUAGCUUCUUCGAAUAUGAAGAGAGCGGAGGUCCUCUGUUCCUAAGAGGGAAAUUUUUGUGCUCUACACUGAGUGCCGGGGCUUUUGAGCGUGCUCAAAGAACGCCUCCCGCUGAAAUGCUACGGGGACCCCAAAAGAUGUGAGGAGGUUGAGUUAUCAUUACAGUAAGCGAGGGGGAAAGUUAUUUGAAGAAAGCCUAGAGGAAAUUCUUUCACAGAUGAACCAGCCUUUACAAUGUUAUUGUAUGGAUAUACUCCUUAAAGUAUUUGUUUAGCUUUAAAUUUUUCUUUUCUUCCUUCCUUCCUUCCUUUUCUUCUUUUCUCUUCCUUCCUUCCUUCCUUCCUUCCUUCCUUCCUUCCUUCCUUCCUUCCUUUCUGAGAUAGGGUUUG